UUUAAGGUCAAGGAACAAAGUAGUCGCCCUCAAAAAAGUCUUCGUCAAGAAUGAACAUAUAUUAUCUGCUACAACUGGGUUCAAAGGGAUCAAGAAAAAGAAUUAAAGUGAAUAAUCAAAUGCUCAUGUUUGAUAAAUAAGAUAGGGGAUAGUCUAGCAGAGUCAUUUAAGAGCUCUCCGAUUAAGAGGAAAUAUGAAACCUGAGCUCCUCCUCAAGAACCACAUCUUAUAUUUAAAAAUACUACCAAAGCCAGAAACAGCAAGAAGAGCAUAAUAAACGAGGUUGCCAUGAUACCGAUAGACUUUUAAUAUAAAUCAAGAAUUUUCAAACAGAAGAGCUAAAAAUAAAUUAGGCCUCAGAUUAUCGCAAAAUUUUCCAUUUAAAGACAUCAAAGAUCAACUAAAAUCUCUCAAAAUGUGGAAUAAUAACAAUAUCAGAUUAAAUUAUUACAGAAUGAAUGAGGGAAGUAGCACUCUAUCUGCUUCUAAAAGCACUCAAAGAGAAAAUAAUUUCUUUAAAAACAAGAAAAAUGCCAGAAAAGUAUUUAAAAACAAAACCCAAGAAGGAAUAAAAAAUAAGAAGCUGAUUAAGAAGAAAGAGCUACAUGCUGAGAAGAGAAUUCCUACAAAUCUAGCUUAUAGGAAAUCUUCCUCUGUUGAAGACAUUAAUUACGACAAAUAUCUCAAGAAAGCAAAAUUUUUAGAAAACUUUGAAAAACCAAUGCUGAAAUAUAGUCAGCAUUCUAUAGGAGGAAAGGAUAUGAAGAAUUUCAAACAUCUUAAUGGAUAUAAAAUAUAUCAGAUAAACCCAGAGAAAUUCAAGCCAAGCAGUAUAGAAACUCAAAUCAGAAUAGAGAAUUAUAUGAUAGACCAAAGACACUUACGCAAACUUCAUCACUAUUUCAAAGGCUCAAAAACAGCCAAAAACGACCCCAAAAGAAACUUUUCUCAAGAAAAUAUCCCUCAGCCUUCCUCACCCCAGAACCCCCCACAAGAACAAAGCUACCUUCAAUUCCAGCCGGUUACCACUAAAAUCCACAAAAUUCCAAGAAUCCCUUCCAAAAGAAUAAUAGUGAGUUCUCAUCGUUCAAAUCGGCAGGAUGUUUCGAACUCUUCUUCUGAUAGGUCUUCUCCUGUGAACCUUCUUCCUCUCAAUAUCAAAACAUGAGAUGGGCCGAAUCAGGGAUCCAGACUUGAUAAGGAGACAUCUGAGCGUCCUCAAAAGACAGUUAAACAAGUUAAGUUUCGCAAAUUACCCAAGGCUUUGAACCUGAAAGGUUCAAAGCUAAAGGCUAGUUUGUUAAAAGCUUGUAUGAAAUCUAAUUAAGAC